UUGGUUAUUGAUUUGCUUCAGCAUUAUUCCCUAAUCUAAAAACAUGCUAGGAAUAUCAUCCUUAAGGUUGUUUUUGAUAAUGGGAAUAUUUGAUAAAUGCCUAACCGAUAAUGCUGGCGUAACCUUUACGUUUAAAGAAUAUCAGUAUAAGGAUUCGCCUAAAAAUGAAAUGACCUUUCACGAAUUCGAAUCAGCCUGUGAACAAAGCAGCGCGUGCAGCCAAUUAAGUGGAUUGACACGAACACGAUGUGUGCGAGAAUGUGUGUCCCCAUCUUGUUACAGAGAGCUUUAUGUAUCGGACCCGCUCGAAGAAGGUGAAAUAGACGUCAGAUUGAAUUCUUUCAAAGGUUGCUUUAUUCAAAGAAGUGGUCGGACAAGAAAUUGAUUUCCCUCGAGUGUGAUAUCGUCAUUUAUUUUCUGCUUUAAAAAGAUACAUAAAAUACGCAAAAAAGUUAUGUUUUUGACGCUUCUACUGACAACAACAGCAUUCAGCGAAAAUGGAAUUAUUAAAGUUAUAUUGACAAGAUAUCAUCAAAAACCUUUGUUUUAAAUAUAAAAAAGAAAUUCAUACUUUUAACUUAUUAUUGUUAUAGCAUUGUACAAAAUAUUUUUCAUUCAAUUAAAUUAAGAUUUGAGAAAAUAUUUAUCGAUCCUUUUAAUACUAUGACUAUAUGAUGGUUAGAUCAGAUAUUUUUGAAUGUUAAGGUUUUAAAACUCAUUUAUUAUUAAUAUUUUGUAUUACAAAUGUUUUUCACUAUCCAUCUAGUUAUAAAUACCGAGGUGAUUCUGUUAAAUUAUCAUUGUCCAUCUCAUUUUAUCAAAGAAUAAUAAUUAUGAGAAUUUAUGAUUACAAAAGAAAUCCAUUAAGAAUGGUUGAAAUUGCUUCACUUACACAUCACUAUCGUUAUUACAUAUUACAAUAAAUGUGAUUGAGUGUUUCUUAUUUAUUUUCGUUAUAGUUUCAGUAAAAUUAGGCAAAUAACUAUUCAUUUAUUUUCAAGUGGUAGGAAAUAUAUAUCUGUUCUUUUUUUUGAACAUAAUAACAAUAAAAUUUUGCAUAUUCAUUAAUUAGCUUAUAAGUAUUUAAAUUACGCGACAAAUUAGCACAAUUUUGCAAUUCAUAAUUAUUAUGCACUAUUUAAACUUAUUAUUAUA